AUGCAGAGCAUCAAUAACCGACGCCUUAUACAAGAAUUAGAAUUUGAUGUUGAUAGAGAAACACCUGGUGGACCAAAUCCUAUUCACCAUGCACUAGGUCAUGUUGAUAGAGAAACACCUGGUGGACCAAAUCCAAUUCACCAUGCACUAGGUCAGAUUGAUAGAGAAACACCUGGUGGACCAAAUCCUAUUCACCAUGCAGUAGGUCAGAUUGAUAGAGAAACACCUGGUGGACCAAAUCCAAUUCACCAUGCACUAAGUCAGAUUGAUCGAGAAACACCUGGUGGACCAAAUCCGAUUCACCACGUAUUAGGUCAAAUUGAUAGAGAAACACCUAGUGGACCAAAUCCAAUUCACCAUGUAUUAGGUCAUAUUGAUAGAGAAACACCUGGUGGUCCAAAUCCUAUUCACCAUGCACUAGGCAAGAUAAAUAACAUGGAAGUUGAUAGGGAAACACCUGGUGGAUCGAAUCUAAUUCGUCUUGAUGCACCAAACUCCAAUGUCCACAAAUAA